UUUAUAUUGGCCAUUUAUUCAUUAUCAUCAUUAUCAACAUCGAUAUCGAAAUCAACAAUAGUUAUGGCUAGAGUUGUUCUAGUUAAUAAUCAUAAACCAGGUGCAACAAUGUUGAAUAAAUUAAUGGCAUAUCAUCAUCAACAGCAACAACAGAAUUUGGAAUCAACCGAUGAAUCAAUUAUAAGCGAGCUUCGAUCAUCAUCAUCAUCAUCGUCAUCAUUGGCAACAAAUUCAUUAAAAUCAUCAUCUUCGUCAUCAAAAAAUCCAUUCGAUGUGAUCAAUCAUAAUAAUAUUCCAAUCGAUUUAUUGGCUACAUUAUUGCGGCAAGAUGAAAUGUUGGCCGAAAAAUAUCGUGCAGCUAAACCACCAAAACCAUGUAGUGGACGUCGUAUUUCAUCUAACCACAAUGGUAACAAUAAUCAUCAUAAUCAUAAUGAUUAUAAUCAACAACAACAACAACAUGAUGGACAAAUGUCAAUGUUUGGUGGUGUUUGUAUGUUUCAAUAUGAAUGUUUACAAUUAAAUGGUGAACCAAUCGGUUAUUGUUUUAAUUCAUAUUUGGUUGGUACUUGUUGUAAAUUACCGGAAAAUUUACGUUUACCAACAAUGGAACCGGAAAUAAUGAUGAGUAGUUCGACGCCGACAAUAACAACAACAACAACGUCGACGACAACAACAACAACAACCCCUAGACCAACAACAACAACGAAAAAAUUCUCUACCACAACGACAACAUCCAGACCAUCAACCGAAUCGGAUUAUCAUAGCAAUAUUUAUAAUGGUAAAAAUUCAAAUAAAACAACAGUGGUUACAUCACAUUUUGUACCGAAUAAUAAUGGUCAAUUAGAUCUUGAUGAUGAACAACAACAACAACCACCAUCAACAUCGAUAGUUCAAUCAUCGAUUAUUGAACAUAAUUCAGAUCCAAAUGAAUUUAUUCAGAUUAUCGAAGAUAAUCAUCAAAUUCAACCAGAUCAGCAACAGCAAGUUACAAGAAAUCUUACCGUAUUUAAACCAAAUAUAGCGGCUAUUGAACAAUCAUCUGAUAAUAGAUCAGUAUCGAUAACAACAUUAUCAUCGACAGAAUCUCCAACAACAAUGGCAAUAUCUUCAUCGACGACUACAACAACAACGUUACCACCACCAUUAUCCACAACUUUAGCGGCUUUGAAUCGUGAAGAAUCAUCAUCACCAUUAUCAACUUCGACCACCACCACGACUAUUGCACCACUUGUUUCAUCAAGUAGCACAACUUUAAAAUCUGUACAAAAUGAUUCCGAAAUGAUGGUAAAUCCAUCAACCGAACAAGAAUCAUCAACUCGAUCGACCACUGCUUUACCAACGCUGACAUCAACAUUAAAAACAUCGACUACACAGAAUAUUCCAAUCGAAACUAGUCGUCCCCAAAUCGAACAUCAUCAACCCGAAUCGACUACUACAAAUUCUAUAUCGACAGCAGCAGCAACAAAUUUAACAAAAAUCGAAUCAAUAACACCAUCAUCAUCGAAACUACGUCCACAUCCGAUUGAUGUUUGGAUCGAUUUAGAAAAUACGAACAUUUCCGAUAUAUGGACAUUACCGGAGCAGGAAACACCACCACCACAACAACAACAACAAUUACCAUCGACUAUUGAUGAAAUUGUUGCUACAUCAAUGACAACAUCGAUACCAUUGGAUAUGAACGAUGAAACAACUGUAAUGAAAGAAGAACAAUCAUUGGAUGAUCAAGUGACAAUAAUACCAUCAACGAAUGAUUUUAUUUCGGAAACAACAACAACAACUAUGUCAACAUUGAUCGAUGAAUUACAACCGGAAUCAGAACAAGUUUCUAUUGAUGAAUUGAUUACAACAACUUUAGCUGAAACAACAACAACAACAACAACCUCGAUAAUGAAUGAAGAAAAAAUUGAAAAACCAACAACAGUGGCAACGUUUAUUUCAUCAUCAACGAUAUCCACAGAUAACAACAAUGUUACCGAAAGUAGUAAUGUUGUAUCUGCUGCACCUGGAUCGGUAAUGGAAGAUGGAUGGAUACUUACAGCAACAACAAUUAUUGCACAGCCAAAUAUUACUGAACAAAAUUCAACUUCAAUGCUGACAACAACAACAACUGCUGCAACAUCGGUAUCUUCGCCAACAUCCAUUAUCAUCAACAACAAUAACACUACACCUUUUCCGAGUGGUUCCAAUAUGACAAUAACACAGACGCCAAUCAGUACUGUAGUUUCAACUUUGACAACCCCAUUACCAUUAUCAUCAUCUACUUCAAGUACAACUUCGACGACGAUAUCACCACCCACAUCAUCAUCAGCAACAACAACAACAACAUCAAGAAUACCAAUUAUGACGACUAUAUCAACUUGGUCGGUUAAUAAUAAAACUAAACCAUCAAUUAGUAGUCAAAAACCACCACCAACAAUAAUAAAUAAUAAUGGUGAUGAAUAUCAUCGACCAAUACCAGGAAAUGGAUCAUUUAUAACGAUUGCUCCUUUAAUCAAUACAACAACGAAUAGAUUACCACCGAAUAAUAUAAUAACCAAAUUAACAACCGAAUGGAUUAGUUCGACUAUAUCGACAACAUCGAUGCCAUCGACAUCGUCAACAACAACAAAACGUCCAAUGUCUUCAAGUGAAAUGUUACCAUUCGUUUGCGGACGAAGACAAAUAUCACCAAAAGGUAGAAUUGUUGGUGGUACACAAUCCGGAUAUGGUGAAUGGCCAUGGAUGGUAUCAUUACGACAAUGGAAAAAGAAUGCAUUUUUACAUAAAUGUGGUGCAGCAUUAUUAAAUGAAUAUUGGGUUAUAACAGCCGCACAUUGUGUUGAAAAUGUAUCACCAACCGAUUUAUUAUUACGUUUAGGUGAAUUUGAUAUUAGUACCGAUACUGAACCAUAUUCACAUAUUGAACGUCGUAUACAGAUAAUAGCACCACAUCCAAAAUUUGAUCCACGUACAUUUGAAUAUGAUUUAGCAUUAUUACGUUUUUAUGAACCGAUACGAUUUCAAAAGAAUAUAAUACCAAUUUGUUUACCUGAACAUAAUGAAACAUAUGUUGGUAGAUGGGCUACUGUAACCGGUUGGGGUAGACUUCAUGAAGAUGGUCCAUUACCAAAUGUAAUACAACAUGUUGAUGUACCAAUCAUAACCAAUAAAGAUUGUGAAUCAAUGUAUCGUAGAGCUGGUUAUAUUGAAGAUAUACCAAAUAUAUUUGUUUGUGCUGGUUUAGCUAAAGGAACAAAAGAUUCUUGUGAAGGCGAUAGUGGUGGACCAUUAGUGAUUGAAGAUCAAGGACGUUGGACAUUAGUCGGUGUUAUUAGCUGGGGUAUUGGUUGUGCAUUACCAAAUCAACCGGGUGUUUAUACAAGAAUUACAGCAUUUUCCCGGUGGAUUAAUCAAAUUAUUGCCUUUUAAAAAAUAUCUUCAAACAUUACAUUCAUCCAACACACACACACACCCGGACACACAUUUAACACAAAAAAUUCCAAAUG